AAAUACAACAGACACUUAAAAAAAACCUAAAAAAAAAAAAGAAAAGAAAAAUUCGCCAAUUCUUCGAUUUCUUCGAAGCUACCUCUUAUUGAUUUCGAAUUUACUUCAACACCCUUUUCUCCAAUUCCCAGGUUUUAAUCGAAGGAACUCGCUUUUUGUUUUGUUCUUUUAAUUUUGAAUUUUGGGAUGGAAUGGAGUCUACCAUGAAAAUUUCGUCGUCAAUUAUAUUUCCCAUAAAUUCAACACCAAAAUUGAAUAAUUAUAACAAAGUUUCGUAUGGGUUCCGAUACAACGGGAGCAACUUCAUCUUUAAAAUCGGCGCCGUUUAUUCCAAUGGCUCUGUUUCUUCCUCUGCUUCUCAUGGGGCUGAGUCAAGGGCAGUGGGAGAUGCACACAGACGAAGAAGCAGUCUUGAAUCUCUAUUUUGUUACGAUAAACCUAUCCCAGAGGAACGAAUUGAAGAACCAGUUGGGUUAUCUUUGGCUGAAAAAAUAGUUGGAGAUAAUCUUCGUUGCACUGAUUGUCAGGCCAAGGGGGCUGUCCUUUGUACCACUUGCUCUGGUUCUGGAUUGUACGUGGACUCAAUAUUGGAGAGCCAGGGCAUCAUUGUCAAAGUCCGCUGCCUAGGUUGUGGAGGAAGUGGCAAUAUUAUGUGCUCAGAAUGCGGUGGCCGAGGUCAUCUAGGACCUAAGUAACUUGUGUUUUGCCUCCUUACCUUGGGAAAUUUGUUGUAGCCUUCUGUGUAACAUCUAUACAUCAGAAUUUCAUUCAUCUACAAAAUUCAAUGUCCAAUUGUGAUAAAUUCACGGUAAAAGAAAUUGAAUUCAUGUAUUUGACUCAUUCAGUGGUGUUUGCCUUAUUAUUCUAAAUUUCCUUUAGUAUGCUGAUUGAUCUGGA